AAUACAUAAUAUCUUAUUUUAGGUUAGAUUGGUUUUUGCAAAGCGAGCGGCAGAUUGGCAGGGCUCAUUGUGGGGGUUCAAAAAUAAAGAUUUUUUUUCGAAAAGAAGGAAUGAUGAAGAACUAAAAUGAAGAUUGAAUGAGAAUGAGAAAAGGCUGUAAAGUUAGUGAAUGAAGAGUCCAUUUUGAAAAGCACUGUGUAGUCGAUCUUUCCGUAGUAAGUACAUUUACUGUCUAGAAGCUGCUUGGUAACUGUAUAUUUUAAGAUUGAUAUUGUAUUGAAAAGGUAUUCAAAUAUGACUUAUUAUUCGUACUUCGAUCCUAUUCUGGAAAUAUGUAAACUUGCCCAGAUAGAUCGGAGCUCUUUACAGUGUUUCUUUGAAAAUGGGUUCGUAAAGUAUUAUGUUCUGCACAAGCUGGCCCGUCCGAGAAAAACAUUAAGGGGAUCAAGUUAUUCAAACAGACUCAUACAAUUAAGAUCUGCAUAUUUUACUUUCUCUUUUUGUACAAUUUUGGAGCUCUUUAGGAGUUGGCUGCCUGAGAAAAUAUGCUCUUCCUCGUGCUUCAGAAAGUUUUGGAGGUAGUAUUGCUUUCACACAAAAGUUACCUCUUGUUGAUGGAUGGCCCUCCUCCUUCCGCUGAGAAUUCCUAAGGCCGCAUAUGCUGCUACAAAAUUGUAUCGCUAUAGUUUUCACUAGGUUAUGUUCGUUUCAAGAGG